ACAGAGCCCUGUCUCCAAACAGGGAGCAAGGGAAAAGAGAGCUGCAGGCAGCCGCGGGGAGACAGCCGUGCGUGUUCGUUCUGGGCGAGCUCUGUAGUGAGAUGAGCGCGUGUGCACGCAGGGACGCCCCGUUCCUAUCAGAGGGGACAGAGGCCAGUCCGCAGGACGAUCUCACGUUUAAGACCGACCGCACAGCGCCCUGCAACGCCCCUUCCUGUGUGUGCAUCAGAAGCGACCUGCCCAGAAGGUCCCGUUUCGUAAGAGGCCGCGGUCCAGAUGAGAAGGAUUUUGAUUUCAAAACAUCCCCAGCUUGCCCUGGCUGGGCCUGGGAGGGGCAGAUAACGAACCACAGCGGGCCGAGCGCUUUCACGGUGGCAGUGACGCCAGGUCGAGUGUCGCAAGGCGGAGAGACAGGAUCGCAGAUUGGAGCCAGCCUGGGCAGGAAGGAAUUUCCAGUAAGCAACAGAGAGGCGCUGAGGUGGGACAGGAUCGGCACGGGACUCAGCUGUGACCCCAGGGCGUCCCGUGUCUGGAGCGACAGCACCAUGCCAGGCCCGUGGCUCUCGCCGCCGCUGCUGCUGCUGCUGCUGCCGCCCGCCUGCUGCCCGCGUCCGGCCGCCCCGGAGCUUGGUGUGCCCAUCGGGAACCUCCGGGUAGAGCCGGGCAGCAGGAGGCUGACCUGGGACCUGCUCGGGAAUGCGUCGGGCAUCGAGUGCUUCAAAGACGGCAGCACCUGCCUCAUGGUAAAGCGAGUCCCCAGCACCCAGCCCGGGCUCCAUCCGGGUGGACGCAAGUCGGGGUCAGAGCCACUGGGUCCCACUGCCGACCCAGCUGCGGGCUCAGACCAGGCAUAUGACAAGUACUGCCACUACAGCACGAUGUCCUUGUGCACUGUGACAAACUACACGGUCAAGGUGACCCAGCCGGCGUUCUCAGCUUGGAUCCUCUUUCCUGAGUCAGGUAGCAAUGCAGAGGCAGCAGCCAGGGACUUGAAGUGCAAGAUUUUCGACGGGGGCCCCAUGGUCUGCAGCUGGGCAGUGGGCACCGGGGCCCCGGGAGACGUGCAGUACCAGCUGUCCUGGAGGAACCUUGAAUCAGAGGAGGAGGGCGUGUGUCUCCGUUACAACACGGACGCCCAGGGCAGGAACAUCAGAUGCCAGUUCGAUCAAGUCCGUGCGCUUCCCGAAUUCAUGAUGAUCACAGUGAACGGGAGGAGCAAUGGCUUCCGUGUGCCCUGCACAGACUUAAGCAUCGAGUUGGCAGCCAUUGCAGAGACUCUCCUGCCCCCCAACAUCAGCACCGAGUGCAACCGCACCCACGUGCACCUGUCCUGGCUGCCGCCGCGGAGCCACUUCCGGAACAAUUUCAAGUACGAGCUCCAGACCGAACAGAUCCCGGGCGGCUCUCCGGUCCCUGUCAACAGCCUCAGCACGAACGAGUUCCUCCUGCCCAACCCUGGGCGGUGCACCGUGCGGAUUCGAGCGCGCUAUCGGUCCAACAGGUGGACGGCGUGGAGCCCGCCCCAGGCCUUCGGCUGUGACCGGGAGGAGAGCUCGCAGCAGCAGCGGCUGUGGCCCGCGUCCGUGCUGGCGGCGCUGGGGACGCUGCUCCUGGCGGCGGCGGCCUUGCUCCUCUGCAGGCGCGCGCUCCUCGGCCGGCUGCUGCCCCCGCUCCCGCCCAUGAAGGACCCCCUGGCGGAUGCCCCGCAGCGCGCGCAGCUGAUGCCCUGGGAGGCCGGGCUGGAGGACUGCCCGGUCAGCGAGCUGCAGGUCCUGCGGCGGGAAUGAGGCGGCGACGCGAGACCGAGAAGGAAGGAAGGGGCGACGGCGAGACGCUUGCCCUGGCCUCGGGAGCGGGACAUCACCCCCCCCCCCCAGGGCCUGCAGGAGGCGCGCUCGGGAGGCAGAGGCGGGAG